AUGGCGCCAGCGAAUUUAUGCGGCACGACGCGAGGAUAUCAGCUACUACUGCGGGACCUAUUCUUGCAGACGUGGCCAGGAGUGCAAUUUCUUGAAAUCCUUUCCGCUAGCUUCACCUUUAAAUCGAUAGCGCAGAUAAAAUUGGCUCAGACUAGAUUCAUUAAGAUAAGCCCAUGGCUCAGCAGCAGUCCAGGUGCGGAAUUGAAUUCCGGUGGGAUUUGGGAGCGGAGAGGAGAGAGAGAAGGCGGUAGGCGGGAUGGAGAUGCCGGGAGGGCAGGGGCCCCGUCGCUGGCGCGGCAGGGCUCGGUCUACUCGCUCACGUUCGACGAGUUCCAGAGCACGCUCGGCGGCGCCAGCAAGGACUUCGGCUCCAUGAACAUGGACGAGCUGCUGCGCAACAUCUGGACGGCCGAGGAGUCCAACGCCAUGGCCGCGGCCGCCCCGACCACGGCGGCCGCAUCCGUGGACGCGCACGCACGCGCGCAGCAGCAGCCCGUGGCGCCCAUCCUGCACCAGGGCUCCUUCACGCUGUCCCGCACGCUCAGCCAGAAGACGGUCGACGAGGUCUGGCGCGAGAUCGUGGGCUUCACCGGCGCGGAGGACGCGCAGCCGGUCGCGGCUCCCGCUCCCGCUCCCGCGCCUGCGCCCACGCCCGCGCCGCUGCCGGCGCAGGCGCAGGCGCAGCGGCAGCAGACGCUGGGGUCCAUGACUCUGGAGGAGUUCCUGGUACGCGCCGGCGUGGUUCGGGAGGACAUGGGGCACCAGACCCUCGUGCUGCAGCCGCACGCGCAGGGGCUUUUCUCCCAGGGCAAUGCGGUCGCGCCGCAGACCAUGCAGCUGGGGAACGGGAUGGUGGCCGGGGUCGUCGGGCAGGGGCUCGGAGGAGGGAUGACGGUGGCGGCGCCCACGACGCCGGUCGUGCUCAACGGGAUGGGGAAGGUGGAGGCGGGGGAUCUGUCGUCGCUGUCGCCGGUGCCGUAUCCCUUCGACACUGCGUUGAGGGUGAGGAAGGGGCCGACCGUUGAGAAGGUGGUGGAGAGGAGGCAGCGCCGCAUGAUCAAGAACAGGGAGUCGGCCGCCAGGUCGCGUGCGAGGAAGCAGGCAUACAUAAUGGAGCUGGAAGCUGAGGUGGCAAAACUCAAGGAUCAGAAUGAUGAGUUGCAGAAAAAGCAGGUUGAAAUGCUAAAGAAGCAAAAGGAUGAGAAAUACGCCUAG